CGUUGCCACGGCAACGGUACUUGUCUCCGAGGAAGUUUGUAGUUCCUGAAGUAAACGAUGAAAAUCGUUUUUUGGACGAACAAACUUUGCGUUGGGUUCUAGGAACAGCUCACCGUAGCGAAUGAGUUCACUUGUUUCUUUCAAAUAUUCCUGACGUUACGUACGGCGGCUCGGAGACCUGUUCUGUCAACGCUCACGGCUGCUCGUUACUGUUAACUUUAGCAAACGUUAGCUAAAUGGAGUCAGAGCGGACUGAAGGCAAAACCAUGCGCUCUCAGAAACACAACGCCAGUGCCAACGAUAGAUGGGUGUUUCUCACCCCCAUGAUCAACAGCUGCAAGUUGCACCUUACAACUGUCAAAUCACUAGUACCAGAGGGAGGCCAGAGGAUGACUGACUCUCAGGAUCUUGUUAAAGAAAAAUACAUGAAUACCGCCCAUCAUUUUAACCCAGAAAACAGGUUUCAUGCAUUCAGCCAGAGAGGACCUCCAGGGCCAUCAUUUGCAGGUGACUCUACAGAUUCCUCUGCACAUAAUCGAGUACCACUAGCGAGUGGUGCUCACAGUGGUUUGGAUGCAGUUUCACAAGAAGCUAGAGACAAAUCUAGGUUACCAAUCCACAGUGGAGGGGCCACUUACUAUCGUAAUGCCUUAAACCUUCCCAGGCCAGCAGGUGGUUCUGGAGGAUAUAGAUACAAUGCAGUCCCUGGUUUUCCCUUCACUCGAUUGCCUUGUGACAGUUUUGCAUCCAGUUGUCAACGAAUCGACUUGGACAGGCGUGGUCUGGAGGAAUGUCCUCAGCUGGGCAUUAUGGAUGGACUACAGCUUCUCAACCUCCAGCACAAUGUAAUCACAAUGAUCCAGCAUCUGUCAUAUCUGCAACACCUUGUUUUCCUGAACUUGUAUGACAAUCACAUCUCUGAAAUGACUGGCAUUGAGGCUCUAAGCUCUCUCAGGAUCCUUAUGUUGGGGAAGAACAGAAUCCAUAAGAUAUGUUGCCUGGAAAGCCUGUCCAAACUGAAUAUCCUGGAUUUGCAUGACAAUCAGAUCGGCCGGAUAGAAAACAUGUCUCACCUGGGCGAGCUGCGAGUCUUGAACCUGGCAGGAAACAGCAUCUCCAGAGUGGAAAAACUGCAAGGCCUGGACUGUUUGACUGAACUCAACCUCCGACACAACUGCAUCUCUGUUGUGAAAAGGCAGCGUGCUGUAUUGGGGGUGUGUGUGUGUGUGUGUGUGUGUGUGUGUGUGUGUGUGUGUGCAUGCGCAGGGUGGAUAGGGAUGCUGUAUACUGGAGCUGAGAGCUGCAAGACUGAGGUGGACCGCCUGCCCUGCUUGCAGCGCCUCUUUCUCAGCUGCAACAACAUCACCAGUUUUGAUCAGCUAGCCUGCCUUGGAGAGUCACGCUCCCUUUCUGAGCUCACCCUGGAUGGGAAUCCUGUAGCCCUGGAGACAUGGUACAAGCAGGCCGUCCUGCGCUGUGUGCUUCAUCUGAGACAGCUGGACAUGAAGCGCAUCACAGACGAGGAUCGGCGCAUGGCUGGUGUACAGGCUCGGAAAGAGGAGGAGAAGAAGAGGGAGAGUCACAAGCAGACCAUUCAUAAGGAGAAGCGGCGUCUGGCCAUCCGUAAUGCAGCGCAGCAGUGGGAGGGUGUCAGGGCCUGCCUGGAGCUGCCACCAACAAAUGGUGCUAAAGAAGAAGUCAGUCCGGAGAACAGCCCUGCCCACAGCCCUGCCCAGACCAAUGGUCUGGCACAGGAGCCUUCUCCAGAUGAACCCAGGCGGGUAAGCCCAGGUUCAGGACCAGAGCGACCAUCAGGGGGAACGGAGAGCCGACUCCGCACCAACAGCCGUCCAAACAGCCCUCGAGAUCCCAAGCUUUUGGAGGCAGGGAGCGGCAGUGUUCAGAGCUUGUCUCUCUCUGACAGUCACCUGGCGGAGCUGGAUGGAGACACAUUGCGUUUAUUCGGACUCGGAGCCCUGGAGGCCCUAGAGAGGGGCUGGGGAGUUCAGACUGCUGGUGCUGUCACUGUAAUAACUUUCCGCUACAUCAACUUUGACGCCAUUGUACCAACACUGCCGCGAAUAAGGGUCAAGUUCCCCAAUCUAUCGCAUCUGAUCUUCUUGGAAACCAACAUCAGCCGUCUGCCCCAGCUGGCGGCCCUGGCUCAGGUGAGGCGUCUGGACCAGCUGACCAUCCACCCAGAAGGCAAUCCAGUGGUCAGUCUGGCUCUGUGGCGCUCCUUCGUCAUCUACCGCCUCCAUCACUUCAACCUGCAGAGGAUCAAUGGACAGGAGGUGACCAUGAAUGAUGUGAUCGCUGCAGAGCGUGUGUUUGGGACACUGGGUCAUAUAGCAGCCACCGAAACUCCACGUUGCCGGCUUCUCCUGCUGCUUGAGGAGUCCAGGAAGCGCCAGCUGCAGUUCCUGUUGGAGGGGCGUGGCCGGCGGGCUGGACUGAGUCCAGAGGAGCUGCGAGACAACGGGAAGCUCCUAGGGGAAGGCCUGAGCAGAGCGCUGUUCAACUACCCAAGCAGAGACUGCAGUGCAGAUAGCCCUGAGGAGGGCACUGUGGAGUCAUCGGAGCGUGCUGCCAUGAUAGAGCAGUACCUCCAGGAGUUGGUCCAAAGGGCGUCAGACACCAAUCUGAAGGGCGAGGCUCUGCACAAGCUCUGGCCCUCCAUGUUUGCAGAGAUGGUGAGGGACUGUGUGUUGGAGAUGAGGGACCAAGCAGCCUUCCGCCAAGCCAGCCUUGCAAAGCUGUCUGAGACCAAGUGAAGAGGACCAAAGGUUCACUCUUAGACACACACAUGCACACAUGUGGACAUAGCUUGCCUGGGCGCCUCCAGGGCUUCAUCUCAAACUCCCUAAUUCUAACACAUCAUCACUUAGUGACUUAUCACUGACUAUCAGUUAUUAAAAUCUUUGGAAACUGAAGGCUGUAUUUCCCUAGUGUGAGGGGAGCUCUUUCUUAGGACGGGUGUAGAUGGUUUUAAAGGUGUCUGAAGAAAUUAUCAUGACAAAGGCAUCUUGAUUGAAUGUAGAUUUUCACUGAAAACACUGUUUUGAUUCUUCAGUGCUCGGAGCUGUAAUGUACUUGAAGAAAGUUAAAGGGACUUAUUGACUCACAGUGCAUUAUGGUCUCUACGGAGCAACCUCUGCACUUUAAAAGUCUUCUGAAUGACCCCUCUUCACCAUUACUUUCAUCAUCUGAACAUGUGCGGUGUCUCUUUUGUUGAGACUAGAAUGAUUUUUCUGUGUCUUAAAUCUUCUUUCACGCAUCGCUCUCUCACUUUCUCCUGCCUGAUAUCAAAAGAAGGGCACGAACAAGGACAAGGACUUUUCUUUGUUUACCACUGAUUUUCUGUAUUGUACUUAGUAUUAAAAGAUUCUGUAUUAACACUCA